UCCGAACUGUUGAUAAUAACUAACGUCUUAAUCGUGCCAUAAACAAACGAUAAUGUUAAAAAUAAUAAUCCUGGAUAUUUCGUAUUGCCCAGUUUUAGCCAGAGAUCGUUCGUACAUUGAUUAAGUCUCGUUUCAACAGCGCAACCGCACCGACUUGAAAAAAAACGCGCAUUAAUUGGAAUUUUAUAUAAUACGAUUGUUUUAUGGGGUUUCCCAAUGUUAAAAGACUUUCACCUUGCUGUUACACUGCGUUGUGGCUUCAGUCUGUGCAAAAUCCGUCUAGUUUUCCAUCUAUAGAAUCGCGUAAAAGAGCCGAACGCCCCAGACAGGAUUGUCGAUUUUCCGUCUUUGUUGGUGCUGGCCGAUCCCGAUUCUCUGGAACAAGCCCUGGAUCAUAUCUUCGGGAGUGUUUGAGUGAAACAGGUGGUGAAUUCGGUCUCCACAUCACAGCGAUUUUGAGGGUUUGAGUGGCCGACGACGAUGACGAGCGUUGCCGAAAUUUUGGAUUACAAGAGGAAGGACAGGGAGGAUUAUUACUCGAUUUUGGGGUGCGACGAACACUCAUCGGUGGAGCAAAUCUCCCAGGAAUACAAGGUUCGCGCCUUGCAGUAUCAUCCUGAUAAGAACGCCGGAGACAAAGAAAUGGAGGAGAAAUUUCAAUUACUGAAUGAAGCCAAAGAAACUCUAACAAACCCAGAGAAGAAAACGCUUUACGAUAAAUGGAGAAAUAGUGGCAUUUCCAUGGGCUACAAGCAGUGGUUGGGCAUGAAGGACCACGUUCAACAGUCAAUGCAUUGGUCCACUCCCAAAACAAAGGAUCGCAUGUUGGAGUCGGGCGGCAAUUCUGGACCGUCCAGUUUGGGCUCGGCGAUGUCUGCCGCCCAUCGAAGGGCGUCCGAAGGCGGGGCCAAUUUGCAUUGGGGAGCAAAAACAGGAAACGCCUGGUCAACUGGGGCCGAUUCCCACAGCGAAGUUGUCAGUAAAUUCAGAAAUUACGAAAUCUAAAUAUCCACCUUUUUACGUUGCAUUCAGAUCCUUUGGUGUAUUGUUCCCUUCCCGUAUCGAUGUACUGUGAAAUACGUAUUUUGGGUAUAUUUCUGCUCGAAUAAUCUGGAAGGGACCAGGCGUUCAUGUGAUGGCAAUCAAUUGGUUUACGCAACUUUAACCGGAUGUAUUUUCUACCCAAUAUUGCAUUUUACUAUUUGUAUACCCAAAAUAUAUCGAUGUUUGCCCCCUUGAUCAGAUAUAACUUAUCAAUGUGACCCCGUCUACACUAGCUGUUGUAUGUUGGUGCAUUACUCUUAGGUGUUAAAUGAUCAUUGAAAUUAUUUUACUGCAGUUAGGACUUCAUAUAUAUUCUAUGGCGAAUUGAAAAUUUUAUCUUCGCACUAACUCCUCGAUGUUUCACAAACGGCGCCUUGGAAAGUCUGUUGAAAAAAUCAAAAUUUUGCUCAACCUUCUCGUACUUGUAUUGUAUUGUAGUAGGUAAAUUACUGUACAGACUUAAUCCAUAUACAGGGUGAAUACAUAUUCAAGUGAAGCCACCAGAAUCAAUCGCUCUUUAGUGCUGUUAAUGAAGUGAAGAACACUUUGAUUCGCCCUGUAUACUGUGCUUAAAUGUUUCCCUUCAUAGCAUGCCUCUUUUCAACAUUUUGAUGUAUUUUAUACUAGAUGUUCCCAGAAGGAAUGCAGAUAUCUUAUCAGACAGUGUGAUUAGCCCCUUUUGCGGCUUCUGGUUCUUCUGGCAAUGACUUUUUUAAUGCGCCCCCAGAACCAGAGUCCAACCCAUCUGCCAACACACUGUUGUAUAUUUUCCUACAGGGUAAAAUUCCUGCACAAAAUGUCCAUUGUUCGUAUCCUAUACACAUAUUUCCCUAUUUUGAUAAGUCUUUAAAUUUGUAUGCGUAAUUUAUUGGAAGCGUUUCUGAAAAUUUCUCAACCUAAACCGCCCGUAACACGGCGAGUAAUUUAAUGAAUUAUAUAUUAUAUUCCUGUACUUAACUGAAAAUGAGAAAGUAUUAAUAAAUAUACCAGAUCUUA